AUGUUGUCGUUCGAGACCGUACCUUCUUUUCGCGCCGUCCUCCCGUCGUCCUCGCGCUCCUCCUCCUCCUCCUCCUCUUCCUUCUCAUUCUGCGGCGGAGCAAGUCGUCUUCGUCGCCAUCAUCAUCAAAACGACACCAUCACGCGACGUCGUAAGAACCAUCGUGUUCGCGUCAAAGCGUCGUCGUCGUCUUCGGAAGAAGAAGAAGAACAAGAAGAAGGAGAAGAAGGAGAAGAACGCGACGAUCCUUCUUUAGAGAAAGAGUUCGAAGAGCGACGGAAACAAUCGAACCGAGACUCCGCCGUGGAUUGGAUUUCCACCUGGAAAACGAAUCAAAACGACCCGGAGUUUUUGGCAAAACAAGACAUCGAACGACAGGAGAGAAGAGAUAAAAUUUUAGAAACAGCGCGAAGUUUCGAGUACGUGUUCGUGCACGAUUUCAUAAGUGGGUCGAAACCAAACGAUGCAUUCGCGCACAUGUUUUUGAAGGACGAGUUGGGAAAGUUACAAAUCGAUGUUUUCGCUCCCGAUUUGAGCGGCGUAGAGUCGAUUUCUGAAGGCGUGGAGGUGUUGGCGAAAGCGAUUGAAGAGAGACAAACGGAGCGCAACGGCGGGAGGGAGAAGAGGCCGCUGAGAUUGAUCGGGACGAGUGUAGGAGCUUUGUGCUGCGUUCUUUACGCUUCAAAGUGCGAUAAGGAAACGUUUGAGGGUACCAAUAGUAACGCGAAUGGGAGUGAGGUGGAUAAGCUUUUCCUCCUGGGACCAUGCUUUAACGUCGAAAAAUGCUUGUUUAAUUAUCGGGCGACGUUUAAUGUUACUUUUACCGAUUCGUUUAUCGAAGACGCGAAGAAGAUUGACAAAUUUCCGUUCGUUACGUGCCCGACGUAUAUCGUGAGUGGAGCGGACGAUACAAUUUCGAGUUUGGAAGACGCGGUGCACUGGACGAGGCAAGCGAGUACGCUUUUGAGAGCGACGAACGAAGGCGACGAGGACACGAAAAAGAUGAACACGUCGUCGGCGAAGGCAAAUAAAGGGAGAGAGGCAGGGGAGAGACGGUUGUUAGAAGUGUCUGGCGUGGGUCAUCGCGUGGAAAGCGCGUUACCGCACGCGUUACCUCGGUUUAAAGAGUUUUUCAAUUUGCCGAACGUAUAG